AUGGCUGCGGCCACCAAUGACACCCUUGAAAAGAGCACCAUCGUCGAGAACUCUGUGUACAAGUCAUUCAUCGACAAUCCCAUCUAUUUCCUGGCAAACCUGCAGCAGCUGGGUGACCCCCGCACACGCCACUACCCUUUAGUGAUGAACCCGCUGUUCGUAUUUCCUCUCGUCGCCCUCUACAUAUACUUCGUCAAGGUAUCUGGUCCACGCUGGAUGAAAGACCGGCCACCUUUCCGUAUUGACGGUCUAGUGCGGGUGCACAACCUUCUCAUGGUGGUGGCCAAUCUCAAACUCUGCGCCACGCUUAUGUGCUCCAUGUACCUGCCCGGUGGCAGCUACAGUUUCUGGUGCCAGGGUAUCACUGGCGGCGUCGACAACAGCCUCCAGGAGUUGUACAGGACCGGUUGGGUCUACGUACUUUUCCGAUACGUGGACUUUUUGGACACCGUGUUCUUCGUGCUCCGCAAGAAGUUCAACCAGAUCACUCACCUCCACGUCAUCCACCACGUCAUGGUGACGUUGAACGUCUGGUUUUGGGUCCUCUUCGCCCCGGAGGGUCAAGUGGCAUUCAGCCUGGCGCUCAAUUCCUUCGUGCACGUGGUGAUGUACUCCUAUUACUUGUUGGCCAACAUGGGACCGUCGAUGCGCAAGUACCUUUGGUGGAAGAAGUACCUGACCACGCUCCAGAUAGUGCAGUUUGUGAUAAUAGUCGUGCACAUGUCCAUACCACUAUUCGUCGACUGUGGUUUUCCCCGGUACCUCAUAUUCUUGGGUGUCGUGCAGACGCUACUUGUGCUAGCAUUGUUUCUGAACUUCUACAAAAAGUCCUACAUUGAACCUGAGCGCCUCAAGGCGCCGCCAAAAGUCACGGCGAGCUAUGGAGACGCCACCAUGUACAAGCAUGAACACAAAAAAUAUAUGUAG